UACAGUUCACUUUCCCUUUCCAUUUCUUCUCCAAUUUCUUCUCCCUCCAAUUUUCUACUGUCACACCAAAACCAGCAAUCAAAUAAUUCAAAAUCUCCCAUUCCUCAGAGAAAACCCUAAAAUUACGCACCAGAAAAAUGGUACACUCAGCUUAUGAUUCAUUUCAACUCUUAACAAAUUGCCCAAACAAAAUCAUUUCAGCUUCAAUUUACAACUCUAAACUCCUAUUAGGUUGUAAUGAUUACUCACUCAAAAUUUACACACCAGAAUUACCAUCACCAUCUUCACCAACAUCUGAAGCACUGGGUAAUUUGAAGCGAGAACCUUAUGUGAUUGAGAAAACCCUUAAAGGGUUUUGGAAAAAAUCUUUGAUUUCAAUGGAAUUAUCUGAAUCAAGAAAUAUAUUGAUUUCAUUGUCCGAAUCGAUUACGGUACACCGGCUGCCGAAUCUGGAAGUGGUGAUUGGUGUUCUGGGGAAGGCCAAAGGUGCGUCGGUGUUUGCUUGGGAUGAUCAGAGAGGGUUUCUUUGCUUUGGACGGCAGAAAAGAGUCUGCAUUUUCAGACUUGAGGGUGGACAAAACUUCGUGGAGGUGAAGGAUUUUGGGGUUCCAGAUGUUGUGAAGUCAAUGGCGUGGUCUGGUGAUAAUAUAUGUUUGGGGAUUAGACGGGAAUAUGUGAUACUAAAUAGCACGACCGGCGCAUUAACUGAAGUGUUUCAGUCUGGGAGGAUUGCCCCUCCGUUAGUUGUUUCUCUUCCUUCUGGUGAGCUGAUUUUAGGGAAGGAUAAUAUUGGAGUAUUUGUUGAUCAAAAUGGGAAGCUUCUUCAAGAUGGGCGCAUUUCUUGGUCUGAAGCUCCUGCAUCUGUUGUCAUCCACAUGCAAUACGCAAUAGCUCGUUUAACAAGACAUAUUGAGAUAAGAUCACUUCGAGUUCCAUAUCCAUUAGUGCAGACAGUUGUUCUUCGUGACACUCAUCUGCUUAAAAGUAAUAACAAUGUACUUGCUGUAUUGGACAAUUCUGUUUAUGGACUGCUACCUGUUUCUCUUGGUGCUCAGAUUGUUCAACUGACAGCAUCUAGUAAUUUUGAGGAGGCUUUGGCUCUAUGCAAGCUGCUCCCACCAGAAGAUAUUAAGCUUCGACUAGCAAAGGAAGAUUCUAUUCACCUUCGUUACGGGCACUACUUGUUCGACAAUGAGAGCUACGAUGAAGCCAUGGAUCAGUUUUUGGCAUCGGCAGUGGAUAUCACCUAUGUACUUGCAUUGUGUCCAUCAAUUGUUCUUCCAAAGACACUCUCUAUCAAUAACCCUCAGAUAGCAGUUGACUUGGAAGAAGAUGCUCCUAAUCUCUUUUCAGGUUUGUCAGAUGCAUCACAGGAGAUGGACUCACCAUCAUCCCUAUCGCACAUGGAAUCUGAUAAAAGAAUGACGGUUAAAUCCCCAAACUUGGGCUAUGAUGUUCUUAUGGCUCUGUUUAAGUUUUUGCAUAAUAAAAGGUAUGGAAUUGUUGAGAAGGCAACCCUUGAAGUAACAGAGGAAGUUGUGUCCGAUGCUAUUGAGUAUGGCAAUAGAUCACAGCGUUCUAGUAGAGCAAAGAAUUCGAGCAAGAGCCGUCAUCAAAUCCAAGCCAGCUUAGGUGCUAGGGAAAUGGCAACUAUACUGGAUACUGCACUUCUCCAAGUUAUGGUUCUUACAACGCAGUCUGCAGCCUUACUAGAUCUUCUAAAAGACCUUAAUUACUGCGACGUGAAAAUAUGUGAAGAGUUCCUGCAGCAAAGGAAAUACCAUUCUGAACUAUUAGAACUUUACAAGUCCCAUGAUAUGCAUCACGAAGCUCUUAAGCUUCUAAGUCAAUUAGUUGAAGAACCAAAUCCAGCAAAACCAACAUCUGAGCUCUCUGAAAAGUUUAAUCCUGAAAUGAUUAUUGAAUAUCUGAAGCCUCUUUGUUCAACUGAUCCAAUUCUGGUUUUGGAGUACUCAAUGCGUGUUCUAGAAAGCUGCCCAACACAAACAAUCGAGCUGUUAUCUUCUGGAAAUAUCCAGGCUGAGUUGGUGAAUUCAUACUUGAAACAGCAUGCACCAAACAUGCAGGGUAGAUAUUUGGAGCUUUUAAUUUCAGUGAACGAAAGUGAGAUCUCCUCAGAUUUGCAGAAUGAACUGGUUCAACUCUAUCUCUCAGAAGUACUCAACUGGUACUCAGUCCUAAUGACUCGGAAGAAAUGGGAUGAGAAAACUUAUUCCCCUAUACGAAAAAAGCUACUAGCUGCUUUAGAAAAAAUCUCUGGAUAUACCUCUGAAGCUGUGUUAAAGCGCCUUCCUCCAGACGGUUUAUAUGAGGAACGUGCAAUUCUACUAGGGAUGAUGAAUCAGCACCAGCUUGCGUUGUCUAUUUAUGUUCACAAGCUUCAUGUUCCUGAGCUUGCGCUGGCUUACUGCGACCGUGUUUACGAAGCUUCGCAGAGCCAACGGGCUUCUAAAACGUCGAGUAACAUCUAUCUGACACUUCUGCAAAUAUAUCUUAAUCCUGUAAGAACGACAAAGGAGUUCGAAAAUAGCAUCAUGAAUGUAGAUUUACCUCAGAGUACUGGGGUCAACCACAAGGUUGGUUCUACAAAAGCUAAAGUUGGUCGUACUGUUAAAAAAAUUGCCCAAAUUGACAGUGCAGAGGAUUUAAGAUUCAGUUCCAGCAGCGUCGAUAGUGGACGAAGUGAUAACGACGGAGAUGAGCCAAACCAAGAAGGUGGUCCAAUUAUGCUGGAUGAAGCCUUAAACCUGUUGGGUCAAAAAUGGGAUAAAAUUAAUGGAGCUCAGGCUCUUAAACUCUUACCAAGAGAAACAAAGAUACAGAACCUGCUUACAUUUCUGGAACCAAUUGUGAAGAAAUCUAGUGAAAAUCGUCGCUACUUUUCAGUGAUCAGAAGCUUGAGAUACAAUGAGAACUUACAGGUGAAAGAAGAGCUUUACGAGCAACGAAAAGCUGUGGUGAAGAUCAACAGCGAUAGCACAUGCUACCUUUGCCACAAGAAAAUAGGAGCCAGUGUUUUUGCUGUCUAUCCUAACGGGACCACGCUCGUUCACUUUGUUUGCUUCAAAGAUUCUCAAAGUAUAAAGGCCGUAAGAGGUGGAUCUUCUAGACAGCGAGGAUAGUUUGAAGCCAUUCAGAUGGGUGGGCACAAUCGGAUUUUUUUUUCCGAGCAAAAGCAGUAGCUCACUGUGCUUAUGAUUUACCAGAUCCGUUGGAUAAACUGAUAUGUCUCUGAGUGUUGGUUCUGGUCACUUCCUUAAUGUUUUUGGUUUAAAGUCGAGUAUCUUCGGUGUAGGAGAAUGUCUGUUGUAUGUGUUAUAAUACCUUUUCUUCUCUCAAAUUCCUUAUGUAAAUCAAACAGAUAGAGACAGAUUCUUGUGUAUUAUAUUGUUUGUUAUAUAUAAUGAGUUCUUAUGAUAUA